AAGAGGUCGACCGCCGCUUCACUGCGGCCAAAGGCACCCGUUGUCCCUCGUUGCAUUCCGAAGACGAAACCCUAGAGAGAGCAGAGAAACCCUCAGAGGCUAAUGGCGUUGCCUAAUCAGCAACAAGUUGAUUACCCAAGCUUUAAGCUUGUUAUUGUUGGUGAUGGUGGAACAGGGAAAACUACAUUUGUCAAGAGGCAUCUGACAGGAGAAUUUGAAAAGAAAUACGAACCUACCAUUGGUGUUGAGGUUCAUCCGUUGGAUUUCUUCACAAAUUGUGGGAAGAUCAGAUUUUAUUGCUGGGAUACCGCUGGGCAAGAAAAAUUUGGUGGCCUUAGGGAUGGAUAUUACAUUCAUGGACAGUGCGCAAUUAUUAUGUUUGACGUCACCGCAAGGCUUACAUACAAGAAUGUUCCUACCUGGCACAGGGAUCUUUGCCGGGUCUGUGAGAAUAUACCCAUUGUUCUUUGUGGUAACAAGGUGGAUGUGAAGAACAGACAAGUUAAAGCAAAGCAAGUUACUUUCCACAGGAAGAAGAAUCUUCAAUACUAUGAAAUUUCUGCCAAGAGCAACUACAAUUUCGAGAAGCCUUUCCUGUAUCUUGCGAGAAAGCUUGCAGGGGAUCCCAAUCUGCAUUUUGUCGAAUCUCCUGCCCUUGCUCCUCCAGAAGUGACAAUUGACAUGGUGACACAGCAAAAGCAUGAGGACGAGUUACUGCAGGCUGCAGCACAACCCCUUCCUGAUGAUGAUGAUGAUGCCUUUGAUUGAUGACCUUUCUGUAGUUUACAGUGGUCUGGGGUUGCCUUUAUCCUUGGUUUUUGCUUGUUGCCUGAGUGAUAUUAUGACAUAUGAAAGUUUUUACUCAGAAACUAUUAUUAAAUUGAAGUCUCUGAGUUUUAUAA